AAUUCUGCAAAAGAGACUUGUCUUUUCUUUUAAGGCCAAAAGAAGAAGCUAAGCACUAUAAGCAUAGCUCUCUCUUUAGGCCUUUUUUUCCAUUCCUUCUCUUAAAAAUCAUACAAACAAAUCAAAAGCCAAAAAAAUAAAUAAAAAUGACGAAACGUUUGCUCCUUUGUUAUAGAAGAAUGGUUCAUUUGAACAUGAAGAGAAAAGUCAUAUGCAAAUUUACCAUACUACAAAAAUAUUUGAAUUCAUUUUGGAACAAAAUUCUUGCUUGUUGGUUAGGUAAGUCUGUUAAUUAUAGGCAAUUGUCACAUAAUCAAUCUUUUCCUAGCAACACCACCACCAUGAUGGCUUCUUCGCCACCUGCUGAUGUGGCUGUUUCCGAUGGAUUCUCGGGGAAUUUGGCAGCUACAUGUUGUUGUGAUCACUCUAAGGAUUCGUCUGAGGAUGUUGUUGCCUUGAAGAUUAGUCUUUUGGGUGAUAACCAAAUUGGAAAGACAAGUUUCUUGACAAAGUACGUAGGAAAGGAGAAAGUAGAUGAAGGAUUUUCAGCAAAAGGGGUAAAUCAGAUGGACAAAACUCUGUGUGUGAGAGGGACAAGGAUCUCAUAUAGCAUGUGGGAAGUUAAAGGUGAUGUUUCUGGUCCAACUCAAAUUCCAAUGGCCUGUAAGGACUCUGUAGCAAUGUUUUUCAUGUUUGAUCUCACAAGUCGAUGUACACUCAGUAGUGUUCUUAGCUGGCAUCAGCAAGCACGUCAAUGGAAUCAGACAGCAAUUCCAGUAAUGAUAGGGACAAAGUUUGAUGAUUUUGUGAAAUUGCCAUUGGAUCUGCAAUGGACAAUUGCAAGUCAGGCAAGAGCAUAUGCAAAGGCACUAAAUGCAACCCUAUUCUUCUCAAGUGCAACCUACAACAUUAAUGUGAACAAGAUUUUCAAGUUCAUCACUGCAAAGCUCUUCAAUUUACCAUGGACAUUGGAGCGUAACCUCACCAUUGGAGAACCCAUCAUUGACUUUUAGGUUUUCUCUUAUUUUCUGUAAUUAAGAAAAAAAAGAAAAAAAGUUUUCCUUUUUUUAAUUAAAUGUAGAUAAUGAGAGAAUCCAAAAGAUUCAGAGAGAGAGAAAAAUGAUUCACAAUAGUCAACCGGUCACUGGGAAAUUGUUGCAACCAGUGAAAAUUCGGGUUGUCUUCAUAUGACAUUUUAUGCAUUGGAGAAAAAUUUCCAUUUUCUUUUUCU